GAUAAAAGCCUUCUGAUGAUGUAAAAAAAACAUUUCAACUUUAAGAAAUAAAACAACCAAUACCACAGUGAAAUAGCAAGAGAAUCUUUACCUUCCAAAGAAAAGUCACAUUCUGGCUGUAACAAAGAGGAAUGUAGGAAAUGUACGUGUUUGACACAAGCAAAGUUUCCAGGAAAGCAGGAUUUAUUUAUUUAUUUAUUUAUUUAAAGCUGGCAAGUCAAAAUGAAAGCGCAACUGACUUCCAGAGGAGGGUGUGGUGUUUGAAGACAAAAUACAAUGUGUCAGACCAACUCAGAUCAUUUCACUGAAGCACAUCUCAAUUGCAGUACCAACUACUACUCUGCUGACAAAAUAAGCUUUGCCAUGGGCUGGGAUAUGAAUAACUCAACCGAAUACUGGAUUGAGGAUGAGGAGGAUGAUCACAACUCUGUUAUAGAUUACAAUACAUAUGAGCUUCUCUGUGAAAAAAGUGAUGUGAGAAAUUUCACUAAAUUAUUCCUCCCUGUGUUCUACGCAUUGGCUUUCACUGCUGGAGUUGCUGGCAAUUCAUUAGUGGUCGCAAUUUAUGCCUACUGCAAGAAACCCAAGACUAAGACGGAUGUGUACAUCAUGCAUCUAGCCAUUGCUGAUUUGCUCUUGCUCUUUACACUCCCUUUCUGGGCUGCAAAUGCAGUGCAGGGAUGGGAACUUGGAAACUCAAUGUGCAAGCUCACUUCUUCUCUGUACACCAUGAAUUUCAGCUCUAGCAUGCUGUUCCUGGCCUGUAUCAGUGUGGAUAGGUACAGGGCCACUUCUGAAUCCCAGGGUCGUACAAGAAUAGGUAAACACUGCAGUGUUACCUGCAUCUGUGUCUGGCUGUCUGCCAUUUUCCUCAGUAUCCCUGAACUGGUAUUUAAUCAAGUCAAGAAACACAAUGACAGGAAUGAAUGCCUUCCUGUAUUUCCAAUUAACAUGGAAACACUCUUAAAAGCAACCAUUCAAAUCCUGGAAAUUAUCCUGGAAUUUUUGCUUCCUUUCCUAGUAAUGCUUAUCUGCUAUUCAGCUACUGCUAAAACAAUCUUCAGAUCUGCAAAUGUUAAAAAGUCUAGACCCUUCCUGGUUCUUCUGGCAGUAGUAGCUACUUUCAUUACUACCCAGCUACCUUAUAACAUUGUUAAGCUCUGGCGAGCCAUAGAUAUCAUCUACAUGUUGAUUACUGACUGUGACACAAGCAAAACAAUCGAUGUUGCACUCCAGAUCACCAAGAGCAUAGCUUUGUUUCACACCUGCCUGAACCCGCUUCUCUAUGCCUUUCUGGGUGCCUCUUUUAAAAUGCAUAUUAUGAAAAUCGCAAAAAAUUAUGGAUACUGGAAAAGACAACAACAGAAUGGAAGACCUGAAGAAAUUUCUCUGAAUUAUGAAGACAACACUGAAGAAACAAUUAGUUUCACUAUAUAGACUCUCCAUUACUUCAUUAUCUUAUAUAAUCAAAGGAAUUACUAAUUCAUUCUAGGGGUAUCAUUUCAGCAGCUGUUUCUCUGCAAGGCAACUUUCAGAUGAAUUUCUGAAUCUGCAGACUAGCCAAGACACUACAAAGCAGUUCAAAGUGGAACAUGCUGAUCAAAAUUAAGCAUCGGGCAAGAACUAAACACUGAAAUUCCUAGAAACAACUAAAGAUACUUACUUAGAAAAAACACCAAAGAAAAAUAACAAAACCCAAACACCUAGAUAACCCACAAGAUUUAAAUUUAAAAGUGUCACAGUACUAGGUAUCUAAGUAUCUGUGUAAUGAACAAUCUGUACAUGUCAAACAAUUAAUUCAAACAGAAAAAUAAACUAUCAGGAAUAAAGCACCAUACAGGAACUUCUUUACCAGCAGUUACUAUUUUUGUGUUUCUUCAACUAUUUUGUAAAACUUAGAACAUUUGUCUAGUAAGUCAGUUCAAUAUUUUUCCUCAGCUAUCAUUCCACAUAUACCCCUGCAGUUUCAAAUGAGGUUUAAGUUCAUGGCUGAGAACUGAGAGAGUCGGGAAAAAAGCCAUUCUCUGUGUGGUUCCACAUAAAACACAAAACCCAGUCAUUCCUGCUCUGUAACUACCAAAAAUGACCUUUCACCUCUCCUUUUCUGCUCAUUCUGAACUUAACAAGCCCAGUACCCUAUGGGAGGCACAUUCUGUAUCUCUGUAAACACCAAAGCCUUAGCAGACAUGUAAGAAAAAGUUAAGUUAAUCUUCAGAUACAGGGCCUGGAAUUUCCAGUCACAAUUUGUACAAUAAAUCAAACACUGCAAUAACUGUAUCUGCUAAAAUAUAUGGAGAUACAAUAAAAUCAAAUAAUAUAAAGAGUCCACUGGCUUUCAUUUAUUCAUAUCUUUAUGUUGGUUUAGUAGGUACUGACAUCCCUCAUGAUAAGCAUUUAUCAGCCAGCAAAGGCUAGAGGCCUUGCUCGAUGAAUGAGAGAGGU